CGUUCAGAGUCACGUGAGCUGUGACGUGCACGCCAGGCGGAAGAGAACGCGGCGGUGUGAUGAGGAGAGUCACACAUGACAGAGUUAUUAUUAUUAUUAUUAAUGACCAGAGUUUUAAUGAGCGGAUCAGAUGAUCAGAUUUAAUCUCUGCCAGGAUGCCGCUGUUGACGCAGAGUAAGCGAACCGAGCGCGUGAACUCCACCGCGGAGCUCUUCAGCAAAUACCCGCAUCUGAAGGAAAGUGCGAAGCAGUUCGUGUCCAGAAGUCCUGAGGCUGUGGACACUAAACAGCUCCUGUACGUCCAGCAGCGGGAGUUUGCGGCGACCACACCAGCGGACAAUUCGGUGUCUGUGCUGGGAUCCGAUGACGCUACAACAUGCCACUUAGUGGUGCUCCGACACACAGGCAGCGGAGCGACGUGUCUGGCUCACUGCGACGGCUCCAGCACCUGCACCGAAGUCCCUCUGAUAGUCAGUGCUGUCACUUCUAGAAGCGCUCCAGCAAAAGAGGGCAGGCUGGAGCUGCAUCUGGUCGGUGGCUUUGAUGACGACCGGAGGACCUCGCACUCACUCAGCCUUAGCAUUCUGGCUGCCUUUCAGAAGCAGACGGAGGAGAUUCACCUGGAGACGUGCUGCAUCACAGACAUGAAUGACGUCAUCAAAGACGGGAUUCAUCGGCCCGUGGUGUAUGGGAUAGGUGUGAAUGUUAAGACAGGUCACGUGUUUCCAGCCUCGUUCACACAUCGAGGACCAGCGGAGGAGCUCCGAUCCGCUCGCUCCUUCUCUGGUGGACAGAUGGUUGAAGUGUAUGACUCCAGCAGAGAGCUCGUGAAAAUCGAGCCGUGCAGAUGGACACCAAACAAUGACAUGGCCUUCUGGCUGUCCCAAGAUGAUGAAACCAUCCUGCAGUAUUUGUCCACGUCUCCACACGCAGAGCCUCCUCACUUCGUGCAUCACAUCAAAUCCACCAUCCAGUUUCUUCUGGAUCAUCCGAGCGCAGGGGUGUUUCCGGGCAGUCAGCCGCAGCUGUACCGCCGCGCUGAGGACGGCCGCUGGAAGAGAGCCUAACCGCUGACCUCUGACCCCCACUGUAACCCAACGAAAGGCCUUUGACAUCUGCUGUUUAAAGUAGAAGCUCCUUUACACUGAUCUGAACUGAAGCACUGGUUGAAGCUCAGAUCGAGUGUUUAAAGAGUGAAAUCUCUCUUGACUGCACCUUCCAGCCCUUACAUAAAAACAACAGUCUGUGAACCAUUUCAUUUUUAUUUCAUGUUUGUUCUGUAUGUCAAUGCAAAUGUGUUCUUUAUUUUACGCUAACAGGAUAUGUGUUUUUCCUAACAUCUAGCUGCAUCUCAUUUGCUCACUGAACAUUAAUUUUGGAAACCGUAAAUAAAGUUGUGAUCCUUUGAUGAGGAAUAAGAGAAUUAAAAUUCUGUUGCCAGUGGAAA